AUGUCGAUUCCCUGGCCCAGGGGGGAGUUCUGGUCAAACAGACUGCCAGAGCAUGCUACCCAACUAGCGAAGCACCUUCAAGCGGCAGUGCAGUUCGUACAUAGCACGCCCAGCCGCACUGUUGAGCUGGACCCUAUAAAAUUAAUAAUAUUCACGGCCCUCAACUUCGUGACAAAGCUCCAAAUAGGAGCAGAAGACUUAGUGAAAGAGCUAGCGGUGAUAAAAGAGGGAAUACGCGGCCGUACCACAGAAGCCCAAAAGACAGCAAUCAUCAGCGAGGAGGCAAAAGCAGCGGCGCUCGAAGCAACGGCGAUUAGCAGGACAACAGUGGACAUAGCGAAGGACAUUAAAAACAAAGCAAUGCGACCCCAAGAGGGGACACCUAUGAGCUACGCUGCGGCGGCGGCCAGAGGUGCUCACAGCGUACAGAUACAUGAGCAAAGGAUGCCUCCUACCGCGCCGAACCAGCGGGAGAUCAUAGUAAACAUUAGGGAUAGCCACACGAUCGAACGCUUACGAGCGAUGAACCCGCGGACUCUUAAAACAUACGUCAACCAAGCAAUUACCCAAAGCGAGAACGAACAUAUCACCGGCAUCACCAUAAUGUCAGCUAAGCAAUUGAAGAGCAGGGACCUCACACGAGUUGGUAGCGGGUCCUUGGUCAGGAACCCGACCUACGGCGUCUUAGUAUAUGGCAUACGGGUUAGUACAGUCGAUAUGGACAAGCAGGAAGACAUAAGAAAUGCCAUCCUGCAAGACAAUAAACCGUUUAUCCUAGACGCAGAGAUUAAAUAUAUUGGGUGGCUCACCUGGGGGGCACCAAGUAAAGCAAUGUCGUCAAUCAUUAUAGAAUUUAUAAGGCCCAAGGACUCCAACAAGAUUAUCAAUGAGGGCCUAGUAUGGCAAGGAGAGAUGUGCCAGAGCGAGCGCUAUAAACAUCAGUGCCGCCUAAAGCAGUAUUUCAAGUGUCAGACCACGCCCGAUGGCAAAUCGAGGGAGGCAGAAAACGAGCUGAUACUGCAUAAUGUGUAUAACCCAGGCCAAGGCGAAGACCAGGCGGCCACCCUCCCAGUCCUACGAACCCAGCUAGGGAAACAUACUAUGAAAGAGCAGAUAGCGCUCAGUGACUUUAACCUACACCACCAAUUAUGGGGGGGCCCAGAAGUCAUAAGGGAAGAGCCAGAGUCAGAGGAACUUAUUAAGAUUAUGGACGACCUUAACAUGAUAAAUGUGCUGAAACCAGGCACAAUCACAUUUAAUAACGGCCUUAGUCAGACAACCAUUGAUCUCUGUUGGAUGACACUGGGUCUGGUUGACCGGAUAGUCCACUGCGGGGUAGAUAAGGACAUUAACCAUGACUUUGACCACCUACCGAUCGGCAUCACGCUAGAAACAAGGAUCCGAACGAUAGAACCCAAACCCAAACGCCCAUGGAAACACCUAGACGAAGAAAAGUUCUGUGAGGCACUAAAGGAGGUCCUCACACCAUAA